CGCCGGGAGUGGCUCUGUCCGGGCCUGGGGUGCCCUGCGAGGGCCUCCAGCCUGGGGUGGUCCCGGGCCUCUUUUUGAGCAGCCCUGCAGGAAGCCUCUGUACCGGACCGCGAGGCUCCUCUGUCAUGGUGAACGAGAGGCACAAUGGCAACCUGCUUGUGCAGCUGGGCCCCAGCCUGCAGGCCUGCCCGCAGGAGCUGCUGCGGCAGCGGCGGGGCCGCGACGGCCAGCCCGAGUACCUGAUCCAGUGGAGCGUAGUCAGCUUGGAAGAGAGAGCAGCAGAAGGAAGCAGCACCUCCUCCACAGAGAGCAAGCCAGAGAAGAUCUCGCUGUGGAUGUCUGCAGAAGAGGUCUGUGCCAGCUGCCCGGCGUUGCUGGGCAAGAGGAAGCUGGCAGGGCAGUGGGUGGAGGAGGCGGCGGCCUGCCCGCUGGCUGCAGAUGUGCCGGGGGACCAGGAGUGGCUGCUGGAGAUGAAGGCUGAUGUCAGGAGCCUGGUGCGGCGAGCUGGCCGGCAGAUGGCCGAGACCGGCGCCCCCGAGGCCUCCAUCCUCAACACCGUCCACGUGCUGAGCGCCUACGCCAGCAUCGGCUCGCUGGCAGAGGCCUUCAGGGAGGCAGGGGCCCUUGACCUGCUGAUGAAGAUGCUGUGCCACCAGGAGAAGGAGAUCCGCCACAGUGCCGGCAAGAUGCUGAGGGCCCUGGCUUCACACGAUGCAGGGAGCUGGGCCUAUGUCCUGCUCUCCCUGAGCCAGCAGGAGGGCAUUGAGCAGCACAUGGACUUUGAGAGUCGCUACACCUUGCUGGAGCUGUUUGCGGAGACAACAUCCUCUGAGGAGCACUGCAUGUCCUUUGAGGGGAUUCACCUUCCCCAGAUCCCUGGGAAGCUGCUGUUCGUCCUGGUGAAGCGCUACCUGUGUGUGACGUCUCUCUUGGACGAGCUCGGCAGCGGCACGGAGCAGGGUGGGGAGCAGCAGCAGCAGGGUGGCGCCGUGGCCAGCCCGGUCCCGGAGGAGAGGAGCCGUCUGAAGCAGGAGUUCGAGCUCAACAUGGCCAUGGCCAGCCUCAUCCUGGAGCUGGCGCAUGCGGUGGGCCGGGAGCAGGGGCAGCGGCCAGAGCCGCCGCCGCGGCCUGUCGCCGCACACUGCAUUUUCCAGCGCGGGGCCGCCACCGCCCCACCACGGACGCCCAGCGCCUGCAGGCCACGCUCGGCCCCCUCGAGCCGCAGCGGCUGUGCCGAGCACGUGCGGGCGCACACGGGCCACGAGGGCCCCUUCUGUCGGAGCCGCGAGGGCACGGCGCACGCGCAGGUGUACGGGCGCGGCCUGGGCUCCGCCUGCCGUGUUCACUGGCCCACGCUGGAGAUGGUCUGCGCCGAGCGGCGGGAGGAGACGUCUGCUGUGCCGUGCGACCGCGGACCGGCAGCAGCUGCGCGGCCGUUGUCGUGCGAGGCCUCCGGGGGGCUGCAGUCCCUGCCUGCCGUGCGGGAGCAGCGCAGCAGGGCUGCAGAGGCGCUGAGCCGUGCGGAGUGGUGGGAGCUGCUCUUCUUUGUGAAGAAGCUGGAAGCAGAGGAGCAGAAGGAGCUCAUCAGCCUCAUCCAGCAGGAGCAGGGAGAGCAGCUGUUGGAGGUAGAUGAAGAAGGUCUGCUCCAGCUGUCAGUCCCUGCAGAGCUGGCCCAGAAGGUGCUGCAGGAGGUGGAGAAGCGGUGCCAGGGCAGCACUCGGUGUGACCUGCGUGGCUCCCACAUCUACACCAAAUACUUGCUCGGUAGGGGAGCUGAGCAGGACGGUGCAGGGAGCACCGCGAUGUCCUCCGAAGGCGCCGUCUCUGGGAGCCUUGUCCCUGAAGCCACAGUGGCCAAGGCAGCAGAGAACCUCUCUGCAGCAAAGGAGACCCUUUCUGCAGCCGCGGGGCCACCCCGAGCCCCUGCUGCAGCGGCCAAGUCGGAUGCGCAGCUGUUCAGCGAGCUCCUGGAGAGGGAAGGGCUGCUCUUGCCAGAGGUGACCGAGGAGCGAAGCAGAGUGCUGGGCAGCUGCAAGGGCGUGAGCGAGAGGAGCUCGCUGGCCCAGGUGGCAGCCCUGGUGGACAUGGUGCAGAGCAGGAGCUCGGAGGUAGGGCUGUGCUUAGAUGGGCUGAAGGACAUGCUGAAGUUGCUGGAGGAGGAGCCUGAGCAGCAAGCGGGCGAAGUGCAGGAUGUGCUGGUGACCAGGAGCGUUGGGGGGAAGGUGGUGAAGGUGGCAGUGGAGCUGCUGAGCAGCGAGGAGGCAGAGAAGGCGCUGGUGGUGGUGACGCUGCGGCUGCUGGCCAUGCUGCUGGCCAAGCACGACUGGCGGGUGGCGUUCGGCACGGAGGGCGGCGUGCGAGCCGUGCUGGCCUGCAUGCGGCGGCACAGCUGCUCUGCCCUGGUGCAGCAGGCAGGCCUGGCGGCCCUGAAGGUGCUGGUUGGCGCCGAGGGCGGCAGCCCGGGAGGCGCUGGUGGGAAGCCCUCGUCCCUGAGCCACGGCGACGCGCAGAUGAUGAGGGAGAUCUUUGCCAGCAUCGGCUCUGCCUGCGGCGAGAGCUCGGCGAGCCUGCUGAGCGCCAUCCCUGCUGCCAUGAGCACCAUGCAGAGGGUGCCAGGGGGCUCGUCUGGCGUCCAGAACGGGCUGCUGGUGGUGCAGAUGCUGCUGGAGGAGCACCGGGGCCUGGCGGAGCAGCUGUGGGGCUGCGACCUGCCCGGGGUGCUGCAGAGCUGCUGGCGGGACGGGCAGGGCAGCGACUGCCCCGACGCGGCGCUGGCCCUCGGCGUGAUGAACCGCCUGGCGGAGCGGCAGCUGCCCCCGGGCACGGCAGGCAGAGAGGCCCCUCUGGAGCUGGGGGAGCUGCAGCUGCUGCUGGGUGGCCUGGGGGACGGUGUCUGGUCGAAGGACGUGGUGGUGGCCCUGGAGCGGCAGCUGUGCGGUGCCGGCAGCGUCCCCUCCGGGCAGGUGUGGCAGCUGCUGCGGGAGCACAGAAGCUUCAGGCUGCUGCUGCGCAGCCUGGAGCUGCUGGGAGCAGAGAAGGCUGUGAGCCUGGGCGUCCUCAGGAUCCUGAACAAGCUGCUGGCCAGUUACCAGGAGGAUGUGCUGCCGUGGCACGAGUGCGUGGAGCCCUGUUUGUCCUCCCUGAGUGCCCACAGCAGUGACCAGGAGCUGCCUGCUGGCCAGGUCCUGCAGGAGGUGGUUGGCUUCCUGCACGGCCUGGCCAGCGCCAGCAGGGACUGCGCGGUGGUGAUGUGCAGUGCGGGCACCCACCUGGCCCUGAGCAAAGCCCUGGCCAAGCACAGCACGGUGCCGCCGCUGGCGCCGGCCCUGCUGGCCCUGCUGACCGACUGCGAGAAGCUCGCCAGGCUCUGCAGGAGGCUGAGCAGCAGCAUCCUGGCCGGCUGCAUGCAGCUGGUCCUGGGGCAGAUCGAGGAGCACCGCCGGAGCCAGCAGCCCAUCAGCAUCCCCUUCUUCGACGUGUUCCUGCGCAGCCUGUGCCGAGGCUCCAGCGUGGAGGUGAAGGAGGAGAAGUGCUGGGAGAAGGUGGAGGUCUCCUCCAACCCUCACCGUGCCAGCAAGCUCACGGACAGGAACCCCAAGACGUACUGGGAGUCCAACGGCAGCACAGGCUCCCACUUCAUCACUGUCCACAUGCAGCGUGGGGUGGUGGUCAGGGAGAUGAGCAUGCUGGUGGCCAGCGAGGACUCCAGCUACAUGCCGGCGCGUGUGGUGGUGCUGGGAGGAGACAGCCCUGCCAGCGUCCGGACGGAGCUCAACUCGGUGACAGUUCUGCCCUCGGACAGCAGAGUGAUCCUGCUGGAGAACGUGUCCCAGUUCUGGCCUGUCAUCCAGAUCCGAGUGAAGCGGUGCCAGCAGGGCGGCAUCGACACUCGUGUGCGUGGCAUCGAGGUGCUGGGUCCCAAGCCCACUCUCUGGCCCAUCUUCAGGGAGCAGCUGUGCCGGCGGACGUUCCUCUCCUGCACUGCUCUGGCACAUGCCUGGUGCCAGGAGAUCAGCCGAGACCGGGGGCAGCUGCUGCAGCUCUUUGGCAAGCUGAACCGAGUGCUGCAGCACGAGCAGAGCUUCGCCGAGCGCUUCCUUCCUGAGGAUGAGGUGGCCCAGGCCUUGGGCAGGACGUGCUGGGAGGCCCUGGUGAAGCCCUUGGUGCAGAGCAUCACCAGCCCAGACCCCAGCGGCAGCAGCCCCCUGGCCUGGCUGCUGACUGAGUACCUGGAGAGCGUGGAGUGGCCUGGCCCUGCCAGCAGCCGCGGUGCCGCCUUCGGGUGCCGCGUGCGGCGCCUGACCCAGCUCCUGGUGCACGUGGACCCGGACGGCCCGGACCCGGGGGAGGCCAGAGCAGCUGGUGGGAAGGAGGGCAAGGACAAGGAGGUGCCUGCCAGCACUGCCAGGGCAGCGGUGGAGAAGUCAGGCAGCCUGUGGGGCAUCUCACAGUGUUGGCAUGGGGUGGUGCAGCAGCAGGUGCAGCGGUUCCUGGAGCUGGCAGGGCAGGCGCCAGACCUGGUGGAGCGCUACUGCCAGCUGUACCAGCGCCUGCGCCGAGCCACGGAGGAGCUCUUCGGGCAGCAGGCCUCCUUCCUGCUGGCCCUGGGCCAGGGCUUCGCGGGGGCUUUGGUGCAGCUGCCCUUCCUCGCUGCCCUGCACGUCAGCGAGCAGUUUGCCCGCUACCUGGAUGGGCUCGUCCAGGAGCUCUGCGGGGCUGCAGGCAGCCUGGGGCCACCACAGCGACUGCAGCAGAUCCUGGAGCCCUUCGUCGCCAUCGGCGGCCUGGAGCUUGCCCACACCUUCGAGCACUUCUACCGGCACUACCUGGAGGACAGGCUGCUGGCGCAAGGAGCAUCCUGGCUGGAAGGAGCCAUCGUGGAGCAGCUUGGGCUGUGCUUCCCCAGCCGCUUCCCCCAGCAGAUGCUGAGCAACUUGGCCCAGUCGGAGGAGCUCCAGCAGCAGUUUCGCCUCUUCCGGCUGCAGGAGCAGGACAAGCAGCUGCUGGAGCUGGCCCCGAGCCUGGAUGGGGCAGCGGGGACAGGCUCGGUGGCAGACGUGCCAGAGGUGAAGGUGCUGACCUUGUCCCCGCGCUGCUGGCCUGUGUCCCCGCUCUGCCACAUGGACGAGCCUGGCAGGUUCUUCUCGGCAGCGCUGAGCUCCCCCCUGGACGAGUUUGCCACCUUCUGCAGGCACAGCCAGGCCUGGCUGGGCUGGGAGUGCACCAAGCCCCGGCGGCUGCAGUGGACGUGGCUGGGCCACGCUGAAGUGCAAUUUGGAGACUGCAUCCUCCAUGUGUCCACGCUGCAGAUGUACAUCCUGCUGUGCUUCAACAGUGCCCAGGAGGUGGCUGUGGAGACCCUGCUGCAGGCCACAGGGCUCCCUGCUGACCUGGUGCACCAUGCCCUGGCACCACUGACCCACAGUGAUGGCAUCCUGGUGGGGAGCUGCACGCCAGGAGCUCCAGGUGUGCUGCGGCUGAAGCCGGAGGCUCUGGCCCAUGCCUCUGGCCCCCACCUGAGGCUGCUGCCCCAGCAGAGGUACCUACAGUCAGAGAGGGCUGAUACCAGUGUCCUGGAAAGGAAGAGGAACGUCCUCUGCUGCCUCAUCACCCGCAUCCUCAAGGUGGAGAAGCAGCUCCACAUUGACAACCUGGUGUUCAGGGUGACCGAUGCCUGUCGGAAGGGGGAGCUGGGGCCAGGGCUGCAGUUCCUGAGCUUCUGCUGCCACAGUGUGGAUGUGCUGUCCUGUAUCCUGCACCUGCUGCACCAGGGUUACAUCCGGCGCCAGGAGGAGAAGCCUCACGUCCUGGAGUACAUCUCUGCUGAGCCUACAACACCCCCAACUUCCCAGGUCCAGCCUCAGCUUGCCUUCCAGACGGUAGAGAUAAAGACAGCAGCAAGCCUGGCCUGUGCUGAAAGGAGAGAGACUUUUUCCACCUUCAGGUAGAUCAGGCCCUGGCUGGGCUAGGAGGACACAGGCUGAGUCCUCUCCAGUCUGUCUCUUCUGAGUGCUUGUGGCUGUUGGGUUAAACGAGUCCCCAUUUGUGCCUGCUGCAGAGAUGAGCUGGCCCCUGGCUAAGAGAUUGCCUGGCCGGAGGCCGGCCGUGGUUUGCCCGGGGCCGUGCCCUGGGGCAGGGCUGGACAGACAGACUGCAGCCAGGUCUGAGCUCUACUGGUACCAGCAUUAAUUUAUUAAAAUUAAGCCUGAAAAGUAACCGUACAAUAAAGUUAAAAAAAAUAGAA